GCUCACAUUCUGUGAGCUGAGCUUCCUAUUGGUUAGAUAAUGUCAUGGUAUGCGUUGUCAGAUGAUGUGCCAGCUGUGCUGAUGCUGUGACAAUGGGAAUGAUCCAGAUAUGCAUCAUCUAGACCGAGGGACCUCCGGCUGCUGGACACAGACCUGAACGAGUGUAGAGAAAACCGCUGGAUAAAGACACAAGGAGGGACCUCCUGCUGCUGUUGCUCCUGCUCGGAAAGGUUGUUCUGAAAACCAAAGGAGUUUGGCUUCCAUCUGCUUUCCCAGUGUAGACAUGGGGGUGUUCAGCCGGCAGAAGUUUUUCCAGGAGCUCGCUCAUGGCUGCCUGCUGCCUACAGCCCAGCAGGGCCUGGAGCAGGUAUGGCAGCUGUUGGUUAUCUGCCUGCUGUGUCGUCUGCUCUGGAUGUUGGGUCUCCCUUCCUUUGUGAAGCACCUGUGCACAGUGGCAGGAGGUUUCUACACUCUCUACCUGUUCUUUGAGCUCCACAUGAUCUGGGUUGUCCUUCUUAGCCUUCUAUGCUACCUCUUCCUCUUCCUGUGCCGCCAUUCGACCAUCCGAGGAACCUUUCUGUCCAUAACGGUGCUCAUCUACCUGCUCCUCGGGGAGCUGCAUAUGAUGGAUACCACCAACUGGCACAAAAUGAGAGGUUCACAGAUGGUGGUUGCCAUGAAAGCCAUCUCUCUGGCAUUUGAUCUGGACAGAGGUAUUGUGACCAAUGUCCCCUCACCCAUUGAGUUCAUGGGCUACAUUUACUUUGUGGGCACAGUCAUCUUUGGUCCUUGGAUCAGCUUCAACAGCUACAAAGAAGCUCUAGAAGGACGUAAGUUGAGCUUAGGGUGGCUUUUAAAAGUGUCUUUUAGCUGGGUGAAGAGCCAGAUCUGCCUUGUCAUUUCCAACUGUGUGGCUCCCUACCUCUUCCCUUACUUCAUCCCUGUCUAUGGAGACAAGCUCCUGCGAAGCAAAAAGAGGCGGAAGAUCAGAGGUUCACUGGCCAAGUGGCUGCUGGCAUUUGAGAACACAAUGUCUUUCCACUUUAGCAAUUACUUUGUUGGCUACCUGAGCGAAACCACUGCUACUCUUGCAGGGGCAGGAUUUACAGAGGAGAAAGAAAACCUCAAAUGGGAUCUGAGCGUGUCUAAGCCUCUUAAUAUUGAAUUCCCCCGGUCCAUGGUGGAGGUGGUGACGUCGUGGAAUUUGCCCAUGUCUCGCUUUCUGCACACAUAUGUAUUCAAGAGCGCACUCAAAUUUGGGAUGUUCACUGCCAUCAUGGUGACAUACAUAGCCAGCGCCCUCCUGCAUGGUCUAAGUUUCCACCUGGGUGCCGUGCUGAUAUCUCUGGGGUUCAUUACAUACGUCGAGCACGUUUUACGGAAGAGGCUUGCUGUCAUAUUUAAUGCAUGCGUGCAUUCAAGGAAAUGUCAGCCAAACUGCAGCCACCAGAACAAAAAGAAGCUGUGGGUGUAUAUGAUUAACAUAGCAUUUUCUGCUUUGGCACUACUUCACUUGACAUAUCUGGGCUCUGUGUUCAACUCCAGCGUGGACUACAUGGAGGAGGAUGAGGAUGAUAUCACCCACCACACCAUUCAGAAGUGGUCUGAGCUGAGCUGGACAAGCCACUGGGCCACGUUUGGGUGCUGGAUAUUAUACCGCCUCAUUCUCUAACAAUGGGUGAUAAUGAAUUGAAAGAAGCAAUAAUGAGAAGCAGGUUUCCCACUUCUGUACUGUGACUUUAUCCUGCAUCAGACCGAGGAAAGCAAAAUCAACCUCAACUUGCAGUUUUCAGGAUGUGCUGCAUGUGGGUCGGGUAAUGCUAUUCUAACCUGCUGGGGACUAGUUUUGAUAUCUAUUAAAAGAUAGACCGCAGCGCCUUUUUUUCCCCUCUUGUCUGUUUCACAUUCUUUUUAUGUGAGGCACAGUCAUCAGGCCUCCUGUUGUGACAGGAUUUACCGCUGUCUCACUGUGACUCUCAAUCAAUAACUAUCAGCGCAGGGUGAUAGUUAGCGACAUGUAAUUCAGAUUUCCUCCGGAGGUGAUGGCCUAUCAUGUCUGUUGUUUUCUGGCCAUACCUGCAAAAGUUUUCACAUUUAGCGAGCUUUAAUGUGUUGUGUUGUGUUGUGUUUUAAUGGGAUUUAUGUUAAGACCAACAGAAAGCAGUGCAUAAUUGUGAAGUGGAGAGAAAACUGUUCGGUGUUAAUUUUUUUUAAAUAAAUAAAAAUCUGAGAAGUGUGGCAUAAUUUGGACUUGCGAGCUUUUUGAUCUAGAGACUCCAGUUUUGCCCAGUCUUAUUUGCAAAAUUGCUCAAUUUCAGUCAGAUUUGAUGGAGAACAGCUUUAAAUUUUGACUUUAACUAGGCCAUUCUAAUACAUGUAUAUGCUUUGGUCCAAUCCAUUUCUCUGUAGCUCUGGCUGUAUGGUUAGGGUCAUUCUGUUGGAAGCUGAACCUCCACCCUGAUCUCCAGUCAUUUACAGCCUCUACCAGAUUUUUUAGUUUUGUUUUCCCCAUCAAUGUCUCUGUCCUUGCUGAAAAAAAUUAUCCCCACAGCAAGCUGCCGUAAUCACCACCAUGUCUCAUAACAAACAUAUAAAGCCUUCAUAGAACUGAGUUUGUUUGAGUAAUGUUAGGAGUGUCAGAGUAAAGGGGGCUGAAUACAAAUGUAAAACAGUUGUAGGAUUUUUGGUUGUCAAAUACUUUAAAAAUACAUGUAUUAUUUUCCUUCCACUUCACAAUUAAAAUCUCAAUAAAAUACAUCUAAGUAUUUGGUUGUAAUGUGACAAAUGUGAAAUAGUUGAAGCGGUAUGAAUACUUUUUCAAAGCGCUGCACUCGUAUGUUUGAGGGAUGAGGCCGGUGACAUCCCCUAGUCUUCUUGCCCUCAACAAAUCUGAUUAAAUGUCCAGAAUCAAUAAUGCAGUUGCUUGUCUCCUCCCUGUUCUUUCUGAUUUUCCCCUGGGCCGGGCUGCAUCAUGGCUGCCUGUUUGCGGUUCUGUCAAGGAGCGUGAUCAAAACCCACAGAAUCAAAUUUUUUAUGAACCCUGGGAGGCAGGUGGAGCAUGGUUAAAGGUAACAGCCAGGGAAUCUGGUUGCUGAUGUCUGUAACUAGUACAUUGUGUGGAACUGCUUCCAAUUUAAAAUACAACAUCCUAUAUAAACCAGAGUGCUUCUCUUGUCCUCUUAGGAACCAGCAAAGAUGUUAUUUUAUGAAUGCAACAAACACAUGUUGAUAUUAGCAUUUUUACCACCACCAGUAACUAAUUCCCUUUAUGUGACUUUUAGAUAUAUUUAUAUUGAAUCAGAUUUUUUACUAGUGGAGUAUCCUGAUGGUGUUUGUUGUGUUUAUUUGUCAUGAAUUGAAUUAUAUCCUUGGAAAAAAAUGUAAUUUUAAUUUCUUCUCUUCUAUAUAGAAUAAAACUAUAGAAUCAAGGUAUUUAAGAUGUAUUAUUGUUUAACAAAAGUUCUCUUUCAGCUUUGUAUAAACUAAAAUAAAAUGAUUUAUUAUAUAACAAGCAUUUCUUUUGACUUCAGGUUUUUACUAAAUAGCUGUUUUUAAUAAUUGAACUAUGUGGCUGUUUAGGACCUGAUGGAAGAAUAUGGGUGUGUGCAUCAGAAAGUGAAGAUGUGGUGUUAGUAUAGAGCUUGAGUGUCUGUUGAUGUGUCCACUUUCUGCUGUAAUACUGCUCAGUACAAGAACCACUGUAAAUACCUUAUAUUUGCUUUAUAUUUGUGUUUUGUUCCUGUAAUAUUUUUAUAAAAAUUUUACAUGAAAUCA